AAAUAGAAAAAAAAAACCUGAAAAAGGAGCAUCAAAGAAUUAAGGAGCCGCAGAUCGGAUCGCCUUCGUCCGCCGACUGGAAACAACAUCGCUUUCUUGAAUUCUUCUUCUUGAUGCAGAGAUUUGCUCGCUCUGUUGCCGGAUCCACCAUGAUUCCUUGUUUUUAAUUAAAUAGACAGCGAAAGCGAGAAGAGGAAUCUGGUAAGAGAGAGCGAGAACAGAGUUCGGAUUAGUAUUCCGCGGGAAAGGAGGAGCGAGAGGAAGAGGUCAAGAAUUGGGAUCGGAUUCUUUUUCUUCAAGAAGCCCUUUCUUGGGUUGUAACGUCACCAAAAGACACCACUAAUUUAUAGGAGGGGAAGGGAGAAGGAUAAGGUAAGUGGGGGUUGUUGAGGCGGCUGGUCUUUAGUGCGAUAGGCUGGGGUUUUUGGGAGGUCAAGUGGCGACCUUCCUUUGUUUGCCCCCAUUUUCGAGUAGUACCAGCCGGUGUUGCAGGAGAGGAGGCGACGAGAUGGGGAGUCACGCCAAGCUCUCAAGGAGGGCGCUGGAGACUGAUACCCCUGUCAUGGUUCAUAUUCAAGAAUUGAUCCGGAAAGCUAAAGAUCCCAUAUCUCUAGCACAGGGAGUAGUUUAUUGGCAACCACCUGCACAGUCUCUAGACAAGGUAAAAGAAAUCGUAUGGGAACCUUCUAUUAGUCAUUAUGGUGCUGAUGAAGGACUUCCUGAACUAAGGCAUGCAUUGACUGAGAAGUUGCGCCGGGAGAAUAACUUACACAAGUCUUCUGUUAUGGUCACAGCUGGUGCAAAUCAGGCAUUCGUAAAUAUUGUGCUUACCCUAUGUGAUCCUGGGGACUCAGUUGUUAUGUUUGCACCAUAUUACUUCAACGCAUACAUGUCCUUCCAGAUGACAGGCAUCACUGACAUACUUGUUGGUCCUUCCAAUCCCAAGACUCUUCAACCAGAAGUAGACUGGUUAGAAAAGACUCUAUCAGGGGAGGGCAACCAACCUAUACCCAAGCUUGUUACCAUUGUAAAUCCAGGAAAUCCAACUGGGGCUUAUAUUCCAGAGCCCAUCUUGAAGAGAAUUUCAGAUCUUUGUAGCAACGCUGGUGUGUGGCUUGUUGUAGAUAAUACCUAUGAGUAUUUUAUGUAUGAUGGGUUGAAGCAUUCAUGUAUAGAGGGUAACCACAUAGUUAACCUCUUCUCCUUUUCCAAGGCCUAUGGAAUGAUGGGAUGGCGUGUAGGAUAUAUUGCAUACCCAACCGAAGUGGAGGGUUUUGGAGCACAACUCCUCAAAAUCCAGGACAAUAUACCCAUCUGCGCUUCGAUCAUAGGUCAGCGUUUGGCUCUGUAUUCCUUGGAAGUUGGGCCUGAAUGGAUUAGAGAACGGGUGGAGAAGCUUGUGAAGAACAGGGAGUUGCUUGUGAAGGCUUUGGCUCCACUAGGGAAAGAUGCUGUUAAGGGUGGAGAGGGGGCCCUCUACCUCUGGGCGAAGCUACCGGAUAAAUUUUCUAACGAUUACGAGGUUGUCAGAUGGCUGGUAAACAGGCAUGGCGUGGUGGUGAUUCCUGGAAGCGCCAGUGGUGGGCCUGGGUACAUCCGUAUAUCUUUUGGGGGGUUGAAGGAGGCUGCCUGUGAGGUUGCUGCCGAGAGACUGAGAAGAGGAUUGGAAGAGCUGGUGAGAGAUGGGAUGGUGCAGUAACAGCGGCUGCAACUUGGAACCUUGGAUGCAUUUCAAACAUAGAUU